UUCUUUAGUUAUUUAUCUGCACAUAUUCUACCCUCCCCAACUUGACCCAAAGCUACUGAAGUGUGAGAAGCAGGUCUUGGGGGAUUUUUUCCUGUCUUCCUCCCUCCCCCUGUGGCAAUAGGGACAGUGGUGUGGCCAAGAGGAUUGUUUCAAUAGUGCUUGUUCAACUCAGUGGCAACAAUGGAGGAGGCCAGUAUAAUUUCUGAAUUCAUCUGUAUUCAGUGAUGAUGGAAAUCUGCAGCUGGAUGUAUCCAUUGCAGCAAAGAAAGAGCUAUUCUUGAAGGGAGGGCCACCCAAAGCCAACAUGUCAGUUGACUUAACCACCUCCUCCCCGUGCCAUCUUCAUGAAAUAAUACAUAAGCAGUUGGGAGAAGGGUGGGGUGCUUUGCCCCGAGUGGCCAUUAAGCCCAGAAGCUGGACAUUCUACUUCCCAGCAUCCUCUACUCUGUUUCAUCCAUCUCUUGGGCAACAGGGUGUUAGGCUGCUUUCUAGGUUCAUCUUCAGAAGUGGCGGUCUCCCUGAAUCUAGCCGCAUGACUACAUCGUAUCCAGAGGAUAGCAGGCGUAGCCAACCGAUGGCCUAGACCACUCUGACGGGAAUCCCAACCAGACCCCUAGGCUGUGAGCAGCUGCCCUCCGUCUUGCCUGAAGAGAAGACAAGAGGAAGUGGGUCGAAUACUCAAGGCUAUUUCAACUCUACGGCUGUUACCACAGGACUCGGUCAUUCCCCUGCCUCACGGAAGCCUGAGGGCUUACUGGUUUGCUGCUCAACUGUUUGGGACACCGAAUUGCUCUGAUUCCCAGAGGCACGGGACUCAGGGUUUUGUUGGCGGUGUCACUGCUGCUAAGAUGGAUCGCCAGCAGUUGCCCUCACGGCGUCCACUGGGCACCGUGUCCAACGAUCUGAGAAUUCUGCAAGGUGAUUCCUCCCUGGAGCUGAGCGAGUACAGGGACCAGCAGCUCAGUGGUGAUAAUGAUGAACAGGAGAAACUACUGAAGGAGAGCUCCACUCUCUACGUGGAGAAUCUUUCCUUUCAAACCACCGAAGAGCAAAUAUAUGAGCUCUUUAGUAGAUGUGGUGAUGUCAAGCAUGUAUUUAUGGGCCUGGAUAAAAUUAAGAAAAAGGCAUGUGGCUUCUGUUUUGUAGAAUACUAUAACAGACUUGAUGCUGAAAAUGCCAUGUGGUUCCUAAAUGGGACCUGCCUAGAUGAUCAUAUUAUCCACACAGAUUGGGAUCUGGGCUUUAGAGAGGGCAGGCAAUAUGGCCGCCGCCGACCUGGGGGCCAGGUAAGAGAUGACUUGCAUGAAGAUUUUGAUGUUGGUAGGGGUCGCUCUGGAAAACAGGCUCAGGGCUGUGAUCGAAGAGGAAUCCAUUAGUGAAAAACCUGCAGCUCUGGCCCCUGGAAAAGUCUAUUAAGGAACAACACCAGGCCAGCAAAUAAUCCAUUUUGUAACAAGUUGAAAUUACUUUAUGUGCUGAGCAGAGACCCUUUGGUUGUAUUUUUCCUCUCUGAAAUGUUAUUAAA